AUGACUUCCGGCGAUGCUCCAUCCGUUGGGUUGCUAGAGUCUGCUAGCUGUGGUGCUAUGGGUAUCUCGACUUCUGGUACCAAUACGGCACAUCCCUGUCUCGACCAAACCUAUGUGACCAAAAAUGGAGUCUCACAAGAGCGGGCAAAUGUGCAUCAAACUUCUACUCAGCCACGCCACGCCUCUGAACCACUUACAGGGCAAAAAGACACAUACGUUGCAAAUGGACAUGGAGAGGGAGAGUCUGAAUAUAAACUUUCACAGGAAAAGUCGGAAGGAAUAAGCUCGUGUCAAGGGCCCGCUCAAGAGCUUCGAGAGCUGCUGGACGAUAGGAUCUACCCCAUCGAAGACGAUAUUAUCCGGUUGCACGUUAAGCUCGAUGACUUACGCGUGGUAGUUAAUGAGAUUCGUGGUGCGGUCAAAAGUUGGGAUUCGAAGAUUGAACCAGAUAUCAAAAAUCCGCCGGCGGCUGUUCCUGACGGUAUCAAUCGCACUGGCAAUCAUUCUACCAACGGAAGUAGUUCUGCGUUUGAUUCUGUGCCCGUAUCUUCCAAAACCGAGUCAAGCCAACCAAUGUCUGUCUCUUCAUUAUCCACGAAUUCCUCAAGUCCUUCUCUAGUGCCUAACAAUGACUCGGUCUCCAUUAUGACCAUUACAUCAGCUAUUCGUGAACUUGCAACAACGCUUCAAGGACAGCAAGCUCGUUGGGACCUCGACGAGGUAGGAUUUUUCAGUCCUGGAGACGAACAGCCGCUUUCCUACAUCAACAACACAGUCAUAUACUCUGACGUCUUCCAUUUCGUUGACAGGAUUCGCGAUUACGCAACUCUCAAAGGAGAUAAGUUGGUGGCUGGAAAUCUAUUUCUUUGCCUCCGUGGAGAUGCAUUACUCUGGUAUGGACAUUUGAGUGGCGCCAAAAAGGCAAUUCUUCACCAGAGUCUCAGCACAUGGUGUGCCGAACUCAUUUCACGCUUCAAAAUGCCUGGCGUUGUUGCACUCCAGAAAUUAUGCAAUGACAAGUUCACAGUCGACGACGUGCGUUCCGGCAGAAACAUCUCGGACUAUCUGUACUCUAUUGUUCGCUAUGCACGCUCAGCAGGCUUCGAUCAGGUUUCUGACCAAAUUGACUUUGCGUAUCGUGGAUUGGAUCCAAUAUUGAGGGAGUAUUUGGCCCCUCCUUCUGCCGAUACGUCAAUUGUUCGGUUUGAGAGCCAGCUGCGUGCCCGCUUGCGUCUGUGGAUUGAGGAAUUUGGUCAAUCCAAAUCUAUUGAACGAAUUAUUAUUCAUGCUGAUCCUACCUUGGCGGCUCAUCUUUGAUGUCGUGCUUUUCCGAUUACCGGCUCAUGGUUGGGUGUGGAAAUGGCAUUGUGGUGACGUUGAAAAUUUAUUGUAGCGUUAUUCUCAAUUUCCGUCUCCUUGUUCUGUCUACAUCGAUAUCCUCUAUGCGAUUCAUUUCCCCAUUGCUUUGACAAAUUCAUUAUUUCAUUUAUGAACCCCGUAUCACCCUUGCAAAUACUCACUUUCUCCGGAAAUCAAGCUUCCAUCUAUUCUUCAUUGUCAUCGCGACUCUCAUUGCUUGUAUGCUUAAAGUAGGAGUCUAGAAAUGUUCCACUGGAAACUCAAAGCAGUAUCAUAUGCCUAUUCUUUACAUCUGGCGCCCUUUUUACUCUGCGGCACGAUAACGUAUAUCUCUGCACGGCACGUCACUUUUAUCUCAGAUAGAUAUUACUCGAAUCAAUGCAACAGAC